AAAAAAAAAAAAAGGUAGGCAGAGGCCGCAGCCGUAAACGCAACGAAGGCGUCUAUGAUGUCGUCCUUGCUAGAUCCAAAAACAUUACUGCUCUCCAACAGCCCACUUUCUCCCUAUUUAGCUACUUCUUAAUUACUUCUUUCUUCAUUUUCCUCUUUUCGGAGACAACCAAUCAUGUUUAGUUCCAGGCGAAGAACUAAACUCUUGCUGACUCUCUUACCCAUUUCAGCCAUUGUCUUACUUCUGUUCUCUGCGGUUAACACCGUCAAACAGACCACAAGAACCACAGAAGCCCCACGCUUGCACGUCCACAGACACCUCCAAGUUGCCCAUUCCGCCUGUGAAGGCACACUUUAUCCAGAGCUCUGCGUCUCAACUCUCUCUGCGCUCCCGGAUCUUGCCUCCAAAUCUGUCCCUCAACUCAUCUCCGCCACCAUAAACCGGACAUUGUAUGAGAUUAGAGCCUCCUUCUCAAACUGCACUGGCAUUAGACAAAAGCACAAAGACCUCAACACUCUUGAAAAUAGAGCUAUCAGUGACUGUCUUGAACUUUUCGAUGACACCAUUGCAGAGCUCACAUCAGCUCUCCUUGAUCUCUCCCCUAAAAAAACAACCUCCGAACAUUUCCAUGAUAUGCAAACUUUGUUUAGCGGUGCAAUGACGAACCAGUACACAUGCCUCGAUGGAUUCGCAUACAGUAAGGGAGAUGUGAGAGAUGCAAUCAAGGACAACUUGUACAAUAUCUCUCGACAUGUAAGUAACUCUUUGGUCAUGCUGAAGAAAGUCCCUGGGUUUAACAUGACCUUAAAGUCGGAGUCGGAGGUUUUCCCGGAGUAUGGACGAGUGAAGAGAGGGUUUCCAACUUGGGUGUCCUCAAAAGAUAGAAAAUUGUUACAGACGACAGUGAAUGCCACCAAAUAUGAUCUGAUAGUGGCUAAAGAUGGGACCGGAAAUUAUACAACCAUUGGUGGCGCAGUGGCUGCGGCUCCCAACUCAAGCACUACCAGGUUUGUAAUCUACAUUAAAGCUGGGUCCUACUUUGAGAAUGUGGAAGUGGAGAGGAAGAAGACGAUGUUGAUGUUUGUUGGAGAUGGCAUCGGGAAAACGGUAGUGAAAGCCAGUAGAAAUGUUAUUGAUGGAUGGACUACUUUCCGGUCAGCCACUGUAGCUGUGGUGGGGAAUGGAUUCAUUGCAAAAGGCAUAAGCUUUGAAAACUCGGCAGGCCCUAGUAAGCACCAGGCAGUGGCCUUAAGAAGUGGCUCAGAUCUCUCUGUUUUCUACAAAUGCAGCUUUAUUGGUUACCAAGACACUUUAUACGCCCAUUCCCUUCGACAAUUCUAUCGAGACUGUGACAUUUAUGGUACGGUCGACUUCAUAUUUGGCAAUGCAGCUGUGGUAUUUCAAAAUUGCAACUUAUAUGCUCGUAAACCAAAUGAAAACCAGAAAAACAUUUUUACUGCCCAAGGGAGAGAAGAUCCCAACCAGAACACAGGAAUAUCCAUAUUGAAUUGCAAAGUUGCUGCUGCUGCUGAUUUAAUUCCAAAUCAAACAAAUUACAAGACAUAUCUUGGUCGUCCUUGGAAAGAGUAUUCUAGGACAGUUUAUCUUCAAUCUUACAUUGGUGACUUGGUAGACCCAACGGGAUGGAUUGAAUGGAAUGGCACAUUUGCAUUGUCAACACUUUACUAUGGAGAGUACAAGAAUAGAGGGCCUGGCUCUAAUACAAGUGCUAGAGUGACGUGGCCUGGUUACCGAGUCAUUAAUAGCUCCAGUGUGGCUAGUCAGUUUACGGUUGAGGGAUUCUUGCGGGGUAGUCAAUGGCUUAAUACUACUGGCAUUCCUUUCUAUCUUGAUCUGAGUUCUUGAGCCCUAUUUUUUAUUUUUGCCCAUAAUGUCUCAACAGUCAAUAACUGGCUUUCGUCCGGGAAAAUUAUUAUAUUUACUGAGAAAAUGUUUGAUGUCAACCACUGUGUACUGGAAUAAAAUCCUAUUGUUUAAUCCCAA